GUCAUAAAUGUCAUUGUUUGUCAAGAUGUGAACCAAAAAUUUCUGAAUUAUUUAUUAGUUAUACCAUGAAAGGAUUAGUAAUAUUAGCACAUCAAAUACAAUAUAAGAUAUCUUUUAUGACUUAAUAAUUAUGAGGAAUUUGAAACAUUAUAGGAAAAUAAACAAGAUAAGUAACAUAGUGCAAAGAAUUAUAGCAAAAAGUUGAAGAAAAUUUAAUAUAAAAUUAUGGAAAAUACUUCAGAAGUUUUGAAAGAGAAAACCUACAGUAAUUUAGACUUUUAUGUAGGUCUUACUUUGGCUAUAAGUUCUUCAGUAUUUAUUGGAUCAAGUUUUAUUAUUAAAAAAAUUGCGUUGAUAAGACUGACACGAAAGGGCAGUCUUAGGGCUGGAGCUGGAGGAUUCGGUUAUUUGAAUGAUUGGAUGUGGUGGUUCGGGUUUCUAACAAUGGGUGUCGGAGAAGUGGCAAAUUUUGGAGCAUAUGCUUUUGCUCCUGCUUCAUUAGUAACGCCUUUGGGUGCACUAAGUGUAUUAGUAUCUGCCGUUUUAGCUUCCAAAUGUCUUAAUGAAACUUUAAAUAUUUUAGGAAAGUUAGGAUGUGUUUUGUGCAUUGUUGGAUCAACGGUCAUGGUGAUUCAUGCACCUAAAGAAGAACAGACAGGAACUCUUGAUGACUUAUUAAAUAAAGUGAGAGAACCAACUUUCUUGAAUUAUAUUCUAGUGGUCAUAUCAAUAACAGUAAUCAUUCUGGUAUAUAUAGGACCCCGUUACGGGAACAAAUAUGUUUCAGUGUACAUAACUCUUUGCUCUGCCAUCGGCAGCUUGACGGUAAUGGCUUGUAAAGCCCUCGGACUGGCUCUUAAAGACUUUUUUUCAGGUACUCUACCUUUUUCAACACAUUUAUGGAUUAUUUUUGGUUUACUAGUCAUUAUAGCUGUUUGUCUUUGCAUUCAGAUGACCUACCUCAAUCGAGUAUUAGACUUGUUCAACACAAACGUCGUUACACCAAUAUACUAUGUAUUUUUUACAACUAUGGUAAUCACAGCUUCAGCGAUUCUAUUUAAAGAAUGGCAGAAAAUGAGCAGCCGGGACAUUGUCGGCGCCAUGUCUGGAUUCCUCGUUACAGUUGUAGCCAUAUUCCUAAUAAAUACUUUCAGGGAAAACCAACAACCCACUAAGCAGAACUUCGUGUGAUUCGUUGGUGUUUUUGCUGACCUUUCCAUGACCCAAAAUUUGGAGUAACGCUGCAUUUUGCUGUAGCUGACGUUUUAGUAGAUCUUCUGGUGAUUGUAAAAGCAUCUGUGAUGUGUCCUUUUUUAUUUUUAUUUUUAUUAUAUUUA